AUGCGAUCAGCAUCAGUUUACGGAAUCGAUUGGUCACGGUGUAACGGAGAAUUCCAAAGUGACGUUGUUUGCUGGAACACAAAAGACAUCAGAAAAAUAUAUAAGAGGACUCACUCCACUAAUCCAAACUCUGAUGGUGGGUUAGUGUCAAUUAUUUCUACAGUAGUUGACUCUUCAUUUAUCCCGGGAGGAGUGGAUGAACCAGACGCCGAAUCAGUGUUGAUGAUACUUUGCAAAUUCAAUCUCGGCAAACUAAUACAGUAUCUGAGCUAUCACAUGAAAAUCCUCGAACUCAAAUUAAUUCAGAUUCUGAACCAUAUUCCAUCACCCAAAAUACAGAACCGACCAGAGUGGUUGUGUCAGAAACUAGUCCGGAGACUGAGUUUGAACCUGCAAAACAAUACAAAUUGUCGACCAAAUGAAAAAUCUACAUUACUCUACGCUUAUUCAAAUGAUUUGACUGCGAAACAAGUUCUGAACACGUGGAAGACCCUAUCAGCCAACUUAAGUGAAAAAUCUUACAACACAUUUGCACAGACUCGGUUUGACACCGCGAUUGGAUUCAACAGUUCUCUAUUGAGCAAUCUUCCGAAUGUAACAGAGGCCAUUACAGAUCCAAAGAAGGGGAGUGAUAUUUUCCAAGUUCUUAAAUAUUUUUUCGAUAUGGAAGUGGAACAUUGCGGAGCGACAAUAUUUGUUCUGAUGAAACGUCUCCCAAGUGACACCGACAUUUCUGAUUUGGUGUCUACUCUCCAAAAAUUUAAUGUACAAACUACAAUUGUUAUAUCGGAGACACCUUUGGGUAGAUCAUAUCAAGACUCAAUAUACAGACUGGCUAGUGAGACCAAUGGAAUCUGUUUGUUUGCGGAGGAUGAUAGGUUUCAAGAACAGACACCCACUUGGCUACCAUCUAUCUGGCCUUUGUAUUUGGUGUAUUCUGUAAAUGCAGAAGUUACAAAAUCUGGAAACGUAACACUUCCGUUUUUUAAUUCUACAUUGGCCGGAGACUAUCACAUUUGCAUGACUUUGCAGGACUAUGGACCCCUAAACACAUUCAGAAUGGUCACCUUAGCAUGGCAUAAUGCAGGAUCAUCGAGUUCGGGAUCAUUUGAAGAGACUGUUGAGUCACAUGCUGGUUAUGGAAACACUACGUAUAUCAGGGAAGGUCCAUACCCAUUCGAUGCUGGCUCUUACCACUUGACACUUGGAUUUCAGUACUCGGAAAUCAAAAGCAAUAUUCUUCAGAUCAGGAUAUACAGUGUUAGCCCCGUCGACUUCUGGGUUCCAUCUGCAACCUGA